GCCGACCUCUCCUCGAUCAAUCGCCAUCUCCUCCAUUGCCUCCCCCAUCAUGGCACCAAGAUUUUUGCGCGAGCUCAUCCCGCGUCGAGAAAGGCGUGCCCCUGGUAGUGUGGUUGUUGCGUUGAAGAAUCUCACAUGGGUGCAGUGGGCUCAGUUCUGGUCUGGGUCAGUGUCAUCUUUCGCAUCGCUAGUGCUAUCAUUUUAACCACAUGUUGCACUAGCUGGCUUGCCUGGACAUGCGACGCUAUUGAUUUCUUCGCGGUAUCGCUCACGGUAUCUCCCUUGGCGACACAAUUUCAUAAGUCGACAGCUCAAAUCACGACUGCCAUUACGUUGACUCUCUUGUUCCGGCCUGUCGGCGCUAUUAUUUUCGGUAUCUUAUCUGACCGAUUUGGCCGCAAGUGGCCAUUGAUUUUCAAUCUCCUUCUAUGCUGUAUCCUUGAGCUCGGAACUGGCUUUGUCAACACGUUUUCAGAAUUCCUCGGCGUUCGUGCCCUAUUCGGUAUUGCAAUGGGUGGAAUAUGGGGACUUUCGUCAGCCUCAGCUCUUGAGAAUUUGCCCGUUGAACUUCGUGGGAUUGCAAGCGGGGUUUUGCAGGAAGGCUAUGCUGUCGGAUACCUGAUUGCAGCCGUCAUCAAUCUGACCUUGGUAGCCCAGCACGGAUGGCGGGUACUUUUUUGGACCGGAGCAGGCAUCAGCUUUUUUGCUGCAGCCAUUCGUGUUCUUGUCCCAGAGAGCGCGUUCUUCCUGCGCGCCAAAGAACAAGAGAUAGCGAGAGGGACCAAUACCUCGCAGAAAACCAAGAUUUUCAUUAAAGAAACGAAGGAGAUGCUUAAGCGUCAUUGGCUCCUAUGCAUUUAUGCUGUGCUCUUAAUGACAGGAUUCAACUUUUUGUCUCACGGUUCCCAGGUAGGCGUAUCUCGUGUAUACAAAUUCACGGGGCGAGCCCAUAAUGACGUACACGUUCAGGAUUUGUAUCCCACAUACCUCGAGACUACUAAGGGUUUUAGUGCUCACGAUGCUACUGUUGCGACCAUUAUCGGCAACUGUGGUGCAGUUGCCGGUGGUGUUAUUGCUGGAUGGGCCAGCCAGUACAUUGGACGCCGUCUGACGAUCGUAAUUUUUACACUUCUCAUCGGAGCGUUCAUUCCAUUAUGGGUUCUACCCUCCUCAUUCUCUGCCCUCUCUGCUGGAGCAUUCUGUAUCCAAGUUGGUGUUCAGGGCGCAUGGGGUGUCAUCCCGAUCCAACUGGCCGAGAUGUCGCCGCCAGCUUUCAGAGCAACAUUUCCUGGUGUUGCUUACCAGAUCGGCAACAUGAUAUCGGCAGCAUCAGCACAGAUUGAAGCCACUGGUGGGGCUAAUUUGAAGACAACAAUCAUUAAGGACGGAGUUCCUACUCAGGAGCCAAACUAUGCAACGGUGCAAGCCAUCUUCAUUGGGGUCGUUGCUGCAUUCGUGGUCGUUGUCACGAUCGUUGGGCCCGAAAAUCACAGCUCGCAUUUCGAGAAACACAAGACCGCUUUCGAAGAAGGAGGUGGAAGAGAUGAUGCUGUGGCAGACAACGCAUCACAAACGUCAUAUCAUGAAGUCGACGAGAAAAGCAGCGCUUAGGCUGCUUAGGCGCCUCCGCCUCUGCGUAAAUAAUUGUAGUAUUUAUCCACCACAGCUUGACAACAAUAUGUUGAUUGUAAUGAACGAGAUCGCGAUGCCCCCGGG